GUACCAGCGCGGCGCGAAUUGGAACAGUACCAGCAAAGCGCGAUCGAUAAGGAUCCAGAAGCGCGAAUUCCGCGAUCCGGCCGAUUUGCUGUUAUGAAUUUAUCGAACUCGGGAGUUUAGUCGAUCGUGAGAGGACCAUGAUUUUUAUUUUAUUUGCGCUCGUGAAUUUUGUAGUCGCCGAUUAUGAUUUGGACAUAAAAAAUUUAAUGGGCGAGCCGGAUUACCGGCAAGUGCGGCUCCACUGGGAAGUCGACGCUUCGAAAGCACCCCCCGAAGGCUACAGCGUCCGGUACUGCGAGCUCCAGACGUGGGGAUCGCAGAGAUGCCGUGUACAACAAAUAGCCGAUUUCAACGAUAACACUGUUGUGGACAAAGAGGAUAAUGUUAAGGUUUUUAACGCCGACGUGAAAGGACUCCGAAUGGCGACGACUUAUUCCUUCGAAGUCAAAUCCGGCAAGCAGGAAAAAGGAGAAAGGAAGGAUCGAGCUGACGGAGACGAUAAAAAUCAGAACAUUAUAGUGAUACCGACUAAAGGAUUUUCAGCGAAGGCGACGCAAUGCUUGCCGCACGCCAGUGAAAUCGAAGUCUCGACGGGGCCCUUCUUCGGCGGAAGGAUCGCCGUGGAAGCGACCGAUGGUGAGCGAUGCGCCAUCGACGGAGAGCCCGACAGUCCCAGAGACAUUUACACGUUGCGGAUAAAUCACACGGAAUGCGGUAGCCAAGUCAACGAUACCACGGUCGCCACUUUUGUACUUGUGCAGGAGAAUUUGCCCAUUUUGACCCACAGCACACGGAGAUUUUUGGUGCUGUGCUCGUACCAGCCCGAAACGCUGACUGUUCGCGCCGGCAUCAACCUGCCCAACGGUGCAAAUGCACAUCAUCACCAAGAAGGUCGCGGCCAGGCCCGCAUCGCUGCCCAGUACGAAGAAGUCGAUAAUUCUUUAGGAAGGCGAUCGAGGACCGGUCGUGUUAUGCAAAAACCAGAAGCAUUAGUGAAAGAAGAAGGCAUAGAGUACAGAGAACAAAGGCCGUAUAGAAGCAGCUUCGUUCCCAUUUUCGUAAUAACCAUGUUGGUUAUAGCUGGCGUGAUAGGGAUAGUCGCUUUGGCGUUGAAAAUCGUCGGUAAGCGGCUGAACGAAGAGUUCGACAACGUGUCUAUAUCGUCGGAAAUAUCGACGAGUAGUUGCAGUACGGUUACGGACGUCGAGACUGGAUGCGACAACAAAAAACAACCGGAGGUUUUUAACAAUUUCAAAUAAGAUUUGUGAUACAUUUCGCGAAUUAGAAGCAGCCCUCGUGGAGAUGAACUAAUUCAAAAACCGCAAGGUUUCAAAUACGUUGCUAAAAAUGAGAAAUGAACUCAAAUAAGCUUUCGAUUUAAACAAAAUAAUUACUAGUUCAUGACCGAUUUGUAGCUAGUUGAAUUAACAAGUGGAUUUUUUUCCGCUGAUUUCUGAAGAACUUUUAGCUAUUAUUGUACAUUAAACAACUUAUCGAGGUUCCUGUGAUUAAAUUGUAGUACAUUUAAAACCAUUUCUCACUUUCGUGUGACUAAUUGAUUCUAAAAGUAAAAAGUGGUACAGCAUCGACGUAAAAAUUUGCCGGUGUGAACCGUUGUGGUCGUGGCUUAAUCCAUUUUAAAAGGAAAUUUAUAAUGUGUAUAAAUAAUUGACAAUCACGCAGCAUUUUUCCAUUUCGAGUUUUCCUUUCACGAUACACAUUAUACCAUUAGUUUCUAAUUGAAACGCUGAGCUUUGAUGACAGAGGAAUUUAAUUGAAUUUACUUCCUUUUCUAAAAAUGCAAGCGUUCUUAUUAGAAACAAUAUCCGUAUUUGUUUCACAAUCUUCUAUUUAUUAUCUAUAAUUUAUCGAGUACUAUAUAGUUAAGUAAGUUAAGACUAUUGCAUAUUACUACUGUGAUAUACUAGGUGUUGGACUGCCGCAGCACAAACAUUUUCAAAUAGAUAGUGCUAAAUUUUCGAGCUAAACACCGGGUAUAGUAUGCAAUUGACGACAAUUAAUAUUAAUGUAUUUAUUUUGUAUAUUUUAGUACCAUAUUAUUCGAUCUGUUCGUAGAUCUAAAGACUUGAAUAAAAUAUUUUUAUAAAUACCUAAAAAAACUUUCAUUUUUUACGCCAACUACUUCGUUUAAUCCAGCAUGACGAUCUUCUUGUCGAAAUUCAACUCGGGUUUCGGAAACACGAAAUUUUUCAUGCUCUCAUUCAACUCCUCCAAAGCCAGUUGCGCCUGCAGCCUCAUGACGUCGUCCUUAUCGCUGUUGUAUAUGUGCUUAAGCGUGCGAUAAACCGGCAAGAUAUCAUCUUUGAAGAACGCUAUGAUUUCUUGAUCGAGACCGACGAAUAACUGUCUGAUUACUGUAACGGCAGCACGACGGGCUUGCGGUGAUUUAUCCGUGGAUAUUAUCGAGUGUACGCACACCAGC